GAGUCCCAUUAACAUCUCGUCCGUUUUUCUGCCGUAGGAUAACUUUUAACGACUCCAACAACGCUUCCACCAGUUAGAGCAUCAUUUUUCUUGUAAAGCCUUGGGACAUUCAUUGUUGACGAAUCUCCGUCUUUUCCAUCUUCGUAUAACAAAGAAAGAAGGCUACGAAGCGUACGCGUUGAGCUAGAAUUCGUGUCGUCAAUGUUUGUUUUCCAGCAGGUGUUUACGAAGGACUCAUAAAAUUAUGGAUAUACCAUCCACACAUCUUGACCAGAAUAUCGACAAGGUUGUGGAUGGACUAAUACGGUUGUCUCUUUCAAGUUCCCCAGAAUCCAACGAUCCUGAAUUGAUAAGCAAAAGACUUGCCAGACACAGAAGAAACAACUCACUUAAUAAACCAUUUACAGCACCAUCCUCUCGAAGAGGGAGCUUUGGUAAACAUCAUCGAAAGACAGGAACAGCUGAAAGUCGAUUGGGUGUCCAAAGAUCUUUCUCUGGAAUGCCUUCCUCGAUUGGCUUAUACAAUACUUCAACUCCGCUUGCUAGCAGUGAAAAAUUGCCAUUUCCAGAAGUAACCCCUAGUCAAUCCUCUGCUGCUGUUACUUCAAGUGACAAGAACAAAUCGACUAAGGACGAUGGAGACUCAGAAGACAAGCAUCCUUCAAAUACACCAGAUGAGUUCCCUACUUUUCCGGAUGAUAAUAGCGGCGAUGACCAUGAUGAUGACCAUGACGAUGAACGGCUCUCUCCAGUGCUCUUAGCACUUCAUACAAAUGAACAAGACAGUGAUAUUUCAGACAACGAGUUUACUCUUAACCCGCAUGCCGAUACAAACAAUUUACUUGGACGCCUCGAUGAUGAGCUCAACCCACAAAGCCCACGAGUCACCGGUUCUAACAAGUUAUCACCAAAUGAUUUAGAAAACGAAAUUGGUAACGCUACAAACAUUAACCUUCAGCGCCGUCUUUCAGACAUAUCCAUUCCGGCCUCUGCUCUUAAUGAGUUACAGGAACGUCAUGAAAGCAUCAGGCGUGAACUCAAGGAAGCUCAACCUUCAUCCACCCUCACCUUGAAAGAACAAGCGCAAGUCAUUGACAACCUCCGUAAGGAGGUAUUUGGCUUAAAGCUUAAGUGUUAUUUUCUGUAUGACCAGCUCAACAAAUUUCAUGAUCAAGACAUGAAAGAUGUAAUGAAGCAAAAUGUUGAUCUUAAAACAUUGACAAUGGAACUUCAGCGUACGGUGGUUGGCUACGAGAAAAAGAACCAAGAGUUACAACGAGAGUUGGAGCAGGCAAUGCAAAGUGCUGCGGCAGCCAAGAGAGAUUAUGUAAACGGAAACGAACGACCCUCUAGUUCUUCGACACAACAAUUUACUGAGAGUGAACAGGAGCUUAUUCUGAAGAUGCUCGAAAAGGAGCGCUCGGAGAAUGCUGCCUUAACAAAGGAGCUGGAUUCCUUGCGAAUAAUUGCGAAGAAUAAUACUGACCCCAAUUCACAAUUAGUUGAAUCGUUACAGAGAAACAAUAAUCUUCUGCGUAAAGAUCUGAGUACGCUUAACGAAUCACUUAUGAUGGUUACGUACGAAAAGGACCAGCUACUCCAACAGUUGGAUAAUGCUAUGGCAAAAAUGAAAGAAGAGAAGGAGCGGGUACUCCUGGAUGCCGAAAAGAGUCAAAACGAAAUCUGGGACCAAAUGAUCUCUUUUAAGAUGAAAACUCAAGAGCAAGCGGUUGAACUUGCACGUCUUCAAAGAGAGCUUGAUUCGCUUGAAUCGGAUUCUGAAGGAAAGCUUUCUAAAAUGGAAGCUCAAUGGAAGGAAGACGUAGAGCAUCUUCAACAGUUCGCCGAGGAUUUAACUGCUGACUUGGAGCAGAAGAAGGAGGAAUUGACUCGUACCACAAAAGAAUCACAGACUUAUGAAAGUGCAUUGAAUACCCUUCGACAAGAGGCCGAAGCUGAACUCGACAAACUAGACAAAAUCAUAAAGGACAACGGCGAAAGCAUUAAUCUCUUUAAGACCGAGAUAGAGAGACUGAACGAGGAACUCUCAGUGAUGACUGAAAACUACGAUAAGAAGUGUGAUGAACUUGAUUCUUUAAAGAAAAAUUCAUUAAGUAAGGAAUCAGAACAUGCCGCUGAACUUGCAAAUAUUAGGUCAGAGAAACAGUCCCUCGAAAAUAGUCUCAAGGAGGCCAAUGAUGAUUAUCAUGUUCUUCAAGAAGAAUUGGAUUCCAUGCGCACGAAGAUUUCUGAAUGCGAAACGAGUUUAUCUGACAAGGAACAACAAAUCAAGACACUGCAAUCCGAGAACGAACAGCACCUAUCAUUGGAGGAAGAUCUUAAAGAUCAAUUAAAGAAAUCAGAAUCCGAGUUGUCUGACUUGCGUGAACAAUGCCAGCAAUUAUCGGCUGAGGAAAUUGCCAUCCAACAGCAAAAGUGUGAGGAUUUGAAGAAGGAGACCGCACAACUUCAACAAGAAAAGUCGAAACUUAAUAAGGAUUAUACUGUUCUUCAAAGACGUUACUCCGUUCUUGAACAAAGACUGAACUCUUUGGAGGAUGGCAUAGUGAAGACUUUUGAUCGAAAAGUUGAUCACUGUUCUACGGAGAUUCUCCUACGUCAAAUCAAAUGGCUUAAGGAAAUUGAACGACACAACUCAUCAGAUUACGAUAUGAUCCAGCGGAAGGUCACAAGGCUCGAGCAAAGUCUCAAAGAUCGUGACAAUGCUCUAGAUAAUGCCAAUGUGGAGCGGAAAGAGCUUAAGGUAUUACUGGAUUCUGAGAAACGGGCUAAAAAGAUGUUGCAAAACCAAUACGAGUCUUUGAAGCAGCUUCAAAGAUUGUCGCAGCUCGAUGCCGUUGGCUCCUCACCUUCAGGCAAGGCGAAGGUUCGCGAAAUUAAAUCUCUGCAGCAAAUGGAACGUAAGUUCAAGGAGCAGAGUGUUGAGCAGCUUUCUUACUUGCAAACUUUUGUACAGCGACUUGGCAAAGUGUUUAGCAUCAAUGGUUUGCCUUCAUUUACACCUGUGUCUUCGGAUUCUCCUGGUUCAUCAUUCCUUCAGCUCCAACGAAGUGCAGACUUCUGUCUUAAGGAAGCGGAUCAUCUCCUAACUGGUGUGACACGGAAGUACAAGGUGAUGGAACGCAGUAUGGUCACCGAAAUGGCGAAACUAAGUGAUGCCCUAGAUGCUUGUAUUAAGCGAACAGAACGUCUCGAAGGACGUUUACAAAGUAAUUCAUCUCUUAUACCCGGCUCCCCUCGAGGCCGAACUUCAAGAAGUAUUUCUCGGGAAAGUGUGACUCGACGGUCAAUGGACGAUCGACGUCCGCUUAAUGUUUCAAAAGAAAAGCUUCUUUUGCAAAAGGAUCUUGGAGAGCUUAAGCGUGACACCGAUGAAAUGGGCACUGUCUGGCUCGCAAGAUUGCGAGAUAUGGAAUUCCAAUUGAAAGCCGAGCAGGAAGCGCGAAGAAGAGAUAAUAAGGGAGCAAAGGAAAGAUUAGAUGAAUUGCUUAAGCACAAUCGUGACCUCACCACACAGCUUUCGAAAGAUCGAGCGUAUGCGUCACGUACGGGUUCUUGGAGCAGUACGAAAACUCGAGAUUAAAAGCGAUGGUGAAGCAAAAGCAUUUGUUAUUGUUUUCUUCUGACACCCUUUUUAUUUAUUGUAUAUUUUCAUUUGGUUCCGUAUAACAACCAACGCUCGAAUGGCUUUCGAUUUUACAAGUCAAAAAGUUUAUGGCAUCCUUUAUCACAAUUACAGAAAAAACAAACAAACACAUUCUUUUUUUUUUUUCCUUGAACAUAAAUUAUACACUCCGUCUUUUUGAGUAUUAUUUACUAAUUCCUGCCUACUUUAAUCAAUUUAUAGAGUAUACUUUUUGGUUGCUCGCCUUCGAGUAAUAUAGGAAAUCCUGUAGGUGGAAAUAAACGACAAAAAGGUCACUAGACAUUUAACAAACUAAACAUGAUUACUUGACAGCGCUUCAAUAACUUCAUUCGCCC